CGCAUCGAAGUGGAGUCACACAUUGGCAGUGCGUCACCGCCCAUAUGUGAUGUUUUCCGUGCGUGAGAACGAAUGAAUAAUCAUGUAUUGUCAAGACAAGGGCUCGACGGCCUCCAAAAGUAAAGAGGGUUCCGUAGUAACAAUGCGAGACAAAAAGGGAGGCGCUCUUAGUAGAGUUCAGAAAUUGAAAAAACGUCUUAGUCAUAGUUUUGGAAGAUUAUCAAUUUCAAAAGAAGAAGCAGAUGAUGUAACAAAUAGAGGUCAAUUACCAUACAAUGGUUAUUCUGAAGAGUUCCUAGAUCGUCUGGAACCAAAUGGCAAUAUACCUUCUGAUAAAGAUCGUAGAUAUGAAUGGACGGGUGUUGGUGAUCACGACAGAGUGCAUCGACAGCUUUCCGUUUCCAGUGAUUCUAAGUUGUUAGAUGAUGAUAUCCGAGAGGAAGCAAAAGUUAUUUUGCGACCGCGACGACCACCUCGUCCAAAAUCCGAAGUCUUUCUUGGUCCUGAUCCUCCUGUGAGAAGAACGAAAAGGUUUUCUGCAUUUGGGGGGGACUCGCCUUUUGGUAAAUCAGAGGCAUACAUUAAAUUGGAGCAAUUGGGAGAAGGAUCGUAUGCCACAGUAUUUAAGGGUUUUAGUCAUCUCACUAAUCAAGUGGUUGCUCUUAAAGAAAUUAGACUACAAGAGGAAGAAGGUGCUCCAUUUACUGCGAUUCGCGAGGCGAGUCUACUGAAGGAGUUAAAGCAUAGCAAUAUAGUAACUUUGCACGAUAUUAUACAUACACGAGAGACCCUUACGUUUGUUUUCGAAUAUGUCCACACUGACUUGUCUCAGUACAUGGAAAGGUAUGGCAGUGGAGGUGGAUUAGAUCCACGCAAUGUCAAAUUGUUCCUCUUCCAACUACUGAGAGGUCUAGCUUAUUGCCAUCGCAGGAGGGUGUUGCACCGAGAUGUCAAACCACAAAACCUGUUAAUUAGUGAAAUAGGAGAGCUUAAGUUGGCAGAUUUUGGACUUGCAAGAGCUAAGUCUGUUCCUUCUCAUACGUACUCGCACGAGGUGGUAACUUUGUGGUACAGGCCACCGGAUGUUCUCCUAGGAUCUACCGAAUAUUCAACAUCGCUCGAUAUGUGGGGAGUAGGUUGCAUAUUUGUAGAGAUGUUGACGGGUAUUCCGACAUUCCCAGGCGUUCGUUGUCCAUACGAUCAACUAGACAAAAUAUUCAAAAUCUUAGGAACCCCAACGGAGGACACUUGGCCAGGAGUGACGCAUCUAAAGGGUUAUAAACCCAACAGAUUGGUAUUUUAUCCAAAUCGGAAACUGGGCCUUUCCUUUCCUAGACUGUAUGAUGUUACAGAGGGUGAUAAUAUGGCUUCAUCAUUACUUCAACUAAACCCUGAUCAACGAAUAGGUGCAGAAGAUGCACUUCAGCAUCCUUAUUUCGCCUCUCUUCCUAGAAAAUUAUACGAAUUGCCUGACGAAGUGACGAUAUUUAGUGUCGAAGGCUGCCACUUACAUACCGAGUUACGACAAUCCUACGCCGACCCACGCCACACAGCUCUUAAGACUUGAGGUUAAAUACAUAAGUAUAGUAAGAAAAUAAAAGUUAAGUAACAUUUUACCUGCUCAGCGAUACAAGCAUUUUUCAUUAUGAACAAAAAAACAGGAAGAAAGUGCAAAAAGAAAGGCUUAAUGCAGUCACUAUGCCUUGACCCAUCCACCGCACACUCUUUAGAAAGUCUGUUGCUCUCUGUCUCUCUCUCUCUCUCUCCCUCUGUCGUGCAAAAAAGAAAUGCGAGCAAAAAAAGUAUUUCACAAAAACCUAAAAAUUUAUUUUUCAAUUCCUUUAACUUACAAGGGAAGUGCCAGGUAGUGUGAUUUUUGUUUGGAUUUAUGAUUUCUUUAAAUAAAGGUCAUGACCCCAAAGUAAAAUUGUAAAAUUCCUGGGACUCAAGCGGUAGCGCGUCGGGUUCGCAGCCGGAAGGUUGCGGGCUUGAUUCUCGCUGUCUGCACUUUUUUU